AUGACCCUCGCGGCACUCGCCACGACCGCCCUCGGCAGCGCCCUCCCGCCACGCCAGGCAUCCCCCUUGUCCACCCGAUCCACCACCGCCCUCCACACGGGGGACAUCACGUACUUCCACCCGGCCCUGGGCGCAUGCGGCAAGACCAACGGCGACGACGACCUGAUCGGCUCCCUCCCACAGUCCUUUUUUGACCGGUACACACCCGGGGGGAACCCAAACCUCAACAGCCUCUGCGGCACCACGGUGCGCGUCCGCCGCGGCGACAGGCACGUCGACGUCCAGGUCGUCGACCGCUGCGUCGGCUGCGCCGAUGGCGACAUCGACAUCAGCAUCGGCGCGUUCAAGCACAUUGCCGAUGUUGACGAGGGUCGCGUCGCGGGGUCUUGGGAGCAGAUUUAA